UAAGGGGGCCCCCUUUAAUUCCUUUCUCUUGCUGUGGCCGUUUGGGGCCACCCUCCCCUCUUCUCUAAGAGAGGGGGUGCAGCCUGCAAGUAUUUCUGUUCGCCGGGCCCCUCCAGGCUGCCCUGUGGGACCUUCUCAUUGUAACUUUCUUCCUUCGUCUUUUCCUCCACCCUCACUGUGUGAUCCACCUCUUCCACUCUGUGAGAACCAAUGGCAUCAGGUGUGGAGCUCCUUCGCUUCCAGCUCCCUGGCCACGAGGCAGCCACGCUCCGCAACAUGAACCAGCUCCGUUCUGAGGAGCGCUUCUGUGAUGUCACCAUUGUGGCCGAUAGCCUUAAGUUCCGUGGCCACAAGGUCAUCCUGGCUGCCUGUUCCCCUUUCCUGAGGGACCAGUUCCUUCUCAAUCCUUCCUCCGAGCUCCAGGUUUCCCUCAUGCACAGCACCAAGAUUGUGGCAGAUCUCCUCCUCUCUUGCUACACCGGUGCCCUGGAGUUUGCCGUCAGGGACAUCGUCAACUACCUGACAGCUGCCAGCUAUUUGCAGAUGGAGCACGUGGUGGAAAAGUGCCGGAAUGCCUUGUCCCAGUUCAUCGAGCCAAAAAUCAGCCUCAAGGAAGAUGCCACAAAGUUUGGAGGUCACCGAAGGUCUCAAACCCCUAGUAAGGUGGACUGCUCCACCUCAACCCGAAAAGAAUACUCCCGCAAGAGGCCCCUGCUACGGCCCAUCAAGCUGGAGUUUCCAUUGGAGGAACAUCUGGAGAUGAAGGCAGAGGAUGAUGAUGAGGAGCAGGAGGAAGAUUACGGGGACGAUGAUGCUGUCUCUGACAUCUGCAUUGUGAAGAUUGAGUCGGCCAUGGAGGUGGCUCAGCGGCAGAAGAAGCAGCAGCAGCAACAGGCAGGUGCUGCUUGGAACAAAGAGGCAUCUCCUCAGCAAAGCUGGAACAAGGAGUCUUCUCCUCAACAAGCUUGGAGCAAGGAGUCCGCUCCUCCACCAGGAUGGAACAAAGAUGCUUCGGGAGACCAAGAAGAGUCUCAAGUCAACUCUACAGUGGCGGAAGCCAUGGGUUCCCCUCCUGAGCCAACACCAGAGAAACCUCAGCAGGGUGUAGUCAAGGCAUGUUACAGUCUAUACGAGGAUGCUGAAGGUUCAGGCCUUCUGAUCAUCCCCAGUGGAGGCUACUUGGAAGAGACCAGCGAAGCAGCUGCCGUUGCGUCUGAGUGCCAGAGCAGUGGUGGUGGGGUGGGGCUGGUGUUAGCGGGACUGAGUGGCCGUCCCUUCUCCAGCUUCCCCGCAGCGGGGAGAGGCAGCGACAGUUCGGGAACAGCAUGGGGAAGCAAUGGUGCCUCAAGGAUCAUCUGUUGCACCAAAUGCGACGAGGUGUUCCAAGGAGUGGAAAAGCUGGUCUUCCACAUGCGAGCGCAUCAUUUUAUCUUCAUGUGCCCACGCUGCGGCAAGCAGUUCAACCACAGCAGCAAUCUCAACCGGCACAUGAACGUCCACCGUGGGGUGAAGUCGCAUUCCUGCACCAUCUGCGGGAAAUGCUUCACUCAGAAGUCCACACUUCACGACCACAUGAACCUCCACAGUGGCGAGAGGCCUUACCGCUGCUCCUACUGUGAGGUCCGCUUUGCCCACAAGCCCGCUAUCAGGCGUCACCUCAAGGAACAGCACGGCAAGACCACAGCGGAGAAUGUCAUGGAAGCUGGCAUGGCCCAGAUUAAUGUCCUCAUACGCUGAAGGAGGCAGUGGCAGCAGCAACGGCAGCUGUGGGAAGUCAAGGGGGAUGCUACUCCUGAGCUCUGAGGGAGGGAAGUGGGGUGUAGUGGUUAGAAUGUGGGGGUGGUGAGCCAGGGCUCCUUGAGUUUGGGGGGAUGGGAUAUUAGUGACUAGUGUACUAGAAGGAUGGGACUCCUGGAUUCUUUGGAAGGGGGGCCAGGCUAGUGGAUUAGAAAACAGUAGGUCAGAUGAGAAAUCAAGAGGUGACGGGGAUCUAGUCUAGUCAGAGCAGGGGGCUAAGGGAUCCAGGAUCCCUGGGAUCUGUUUUCUUCCUUUGCAUUGUCCAGCCUUCUGUCCGUUAUGCCCUGUUACCAGAAACCACUACCUCUUUUACAGCCAAGCAGGCUUAGGAUCAUGGCCUUUGGGCUGUUUGGGGAGAGGCCCAUGACUCAAAAUACCUCCUCCUUAAAAGGGCAUAGAUAUGACCUCACUCUUGGCAGCCAAAGCACCACAAUGGCCAUCAAAACGGCAUGGCAUCUGCAGGGAGGGUGACUUGACUCUUAGUGGAAGUGACUGCAAAUGUUACGAUAGACCCAUCCCUUCUGACCCUGUCUCCUGUUGUUUGGUAAUUUGUUCAGAGGUGGAACUGAUCCACCCAAGAACCUAGAGGUAAGCCUCCGCCUGCCAUGGUCAGAAGCCUUUGGGUGAUUGUAGCAGUGUAAAGAAAGCAGGAACCUACCAAAUGUGAACUCAUCCUGAGAUUCCAUGAAACAUUUGACUGAAGAGAAUCUACUUUGUAGCUUAUCUCCAGAAACCUAGUAGUCUUGGUUUGCAGGGUAUGAUUUUAUUCUAAUGCAGAAGUUCUGUUCACAGGUUACAGUAUACAUAUACAGUGUGCACUUGAUUUUUUUUUAUGUGUGUUGAGUAAUUCUAAUGUUACAUUCAAUGCACGCACAGCGGAAUGUGUGAUGGAAGCCACACAUUUAUCCAGGUACUGAAACCCUCCCCCUCGCAGUUUCAUUUGUAAAGUGAACGCAUGUUGGCUCUGUCUUACAACAGAUACGCACAUAUUGACAGGAUGUACAUGUGUUUACUGUAACAUGUGAACAGGUUUAGAAGCCGUUAAUACUGGGGAAACCAUGAAGAACGUGGAGGGUGAAUAGUUCAGUGGAAAGAUCAAGCUGAGUGUAUUCUGCAUCCCUGUGAUGGCAAAAUUGGGGGAUCUCAAACUGUCUGGCAGUUAAAAAAGGAGGUUGCUAGUCCUUAUGGCUGUGAAGACACCCUUGAAAACAUGAUAGAAGAUGCCUGCGGGAGCUCUUUCCAGGCACUGUCUGGUUUUACCAAGUUUAGCAAAAUAAAACAAAAGUCUAGUGGCACCUUAAAGACUAUCUGUUUAAUUAAAGAUUAUUUCAUUAAUUACCUACAAACUCUGCUAGAUAAUGAUAUUCUUCUUGCCCACAGAUAGCCCCCUAGCCUUAAACCUCACUUAUAAUGCACUACCUAACAUGGACACAGAUUCUGGGAUCAGGGCUGCCUGAUGCUAUAAAAACACAAUCACCAAAAUGAACAACACCAGCCACGCCAUCUUGGGUUCAUUCACUUGCUUAUCUUCCAGUGUUGUAUAUGCCAUCACGUGUCAACAGUAAUAAUAACUGCACUCAUAUACCACUCUUCUAGACAGAUUAGUUCACUCAGAGAGGUGAACAAAGUUAGUAUAAUUAUUAUCCCGGCAAUAUAGCUGAGAAGUUGGGGCUGAGAGGAAUGGCUUACCUAAGGCCACCUACUGAGCUCAUGGCAGUAGUGAGAUUUGAACAAGCAGAGUGCUGAUUUGCAGCCCAUCAGACAAAAAGGCCAUCCCCUAUGCAAAAGAAUGAAUGGAUGUAAAUGAGAGAUUAAAAUGACAAUACUCAGAAACCAGUGGGAGAACAUUUUAAUCUUCCAGGACAUUCCAUUGCUGACCUAAUAGUACAACUGUAUAAGCCUAUUGAUUUUAUUAGGUAUAGAUUGGAAUAACUGAAUAAGAUUGCACUGUAAGAGCGGCAGUUCUACAGAGAAGCUUCAAAGGGAGAUUACAAUGUGCGAUAGUUGCGCUAGAAUUCAUUAAUAAGUUCAGGACACUGAAACACCUCCCCUCCCAAGGGCUAAAUAGGGUCAUAGGAUUUUUUAUCUCCUUACAAAUGGCCCACCUCUAUACAUAUCCCUUCGCUGUAGUCAGGCUGAUAACAUUUUUCAUUGUACCUCUGCAUCCUGAUUCCUACUGGCCCUUCUUUGUAACACCCCACUCAACUUCUGUCCUGGAUACUGAUGAAUUUUCAUUCUCAUCUGUAAUUUUCAAAGUAAACUUUGACUAUACGUUGGAUUUUUUUUUCUUUUUUAACCAUACCUUGGAAACUUGAUUUUUAAGGUGCUUACUGGAUUCAAAUUUUGUUUUUAUGAGUUACAGCUUACUUCCUCACAUAUGAGGCUGUGAUUCAUGAAAGCUCCUAUAAAAUGCUUUUAGUCUUUAAGGUGCCAUGGGAUUUUUGUUUUAUUUUGCUAUAACAAGCUAACAUGGCUGCCCCUUUGCGUUUACCAGGUUUACAAGGCAUCUGCUUUUGAGAGGGUUUCUUCACUGCCUUGGGAGCAAGAGUCUUGCUUCUCAGAGUGGGAACUGUUAGGAUGCUGGAUUUCACACUCAGUACCAAAAUCUCCAUUUUGUGCAUGGAACCGUCGUAGCGCUGGAACCACUCCCAGUGGCUUUAGGACUAGAGGAAUUUUUUUUCUCCUUGAAGCAGUAUUGGUUUUGAUCCCCUGGACCCUAACUAGCUUUUUUUAAA